AUGCCCUUCGUACAAGCUGGUUCCCACAGUCUACACUACACAGACUCCCACCCAACCGGCGCCCCAACACCCACCGGCCUAACUAUCAUCUUCGUCCACGGCCUAGGCUCCUCGCAGAAUUACUAUUUUCCCGUCAUCCCACAUCUAACGCCCAACCACCGCUGCAUCACCAUCGAUACUUACGGCGCGGCGCGCUCCCCGUACACCAACGACACAGUCACAAUCCCGAGUAUCGCGGAGGAUGUUAUCGGCGUGCUGGACGCGCUAAACGUGGCGCAGGCCGUGGUCGUCGGUCACUCGAUGGGCGGAUUGGUCGUUAUCGAGCUGGGAGCGCGGUAUCCGGACCGUGUGCUGGGCGUUGUACCCAUAGGCCCAACGCAUCCGUCGGAAAUGUUGGUGUCGGUUAUGGGGAAGAGGGCGGAGACGGUGCUGGAAGCUGGAAUGGAACCAAUGGCAAAUACCAUUCCCUCCGCGGCUGUUGGUUCCCGCAGCACCGCGCUCCAACGGGCGUUCAUCCGCGAACUUCUUCUCGGUCAGGAUCCCAAGGGCUAUGCGGCGCUUUGUCGUGCUAUUGCGAGUGCGCAGGUUCCUGAUUAUGCGGCUGUUCGGGCGCCGUUCUUGCUUAUUGCGGGUGAAGAGGAUAAGUCGGCGUCUAUGGAGGGGUGUAAGUAUAUCUUUGAGCAUGUGUCGAGUCAGAAGAAGACGAUGGAGGUUUUGGAGGGUGUUGGGCAUUGGCAUUGUAUUGAGUCUCCUGAUGAAGUGGGGAGAUUGAUUGCGCGGUUUGUUGGGGCAAUUAGUGCUUAG